UCAAAGCCCCGUCCUCCAGGGCUUUUUAAAACACCGUGUUUGCUUCACGCUCCAACAAUACCGGCCAAUUGAAGAGCCGCAGCGCUAACUGCACUGACCGACGGUCAUCGUGGGAACGGCGCCGACGAGCACAAGCCGUCAUGGUUUAGGAGAAAGGAAGCGGCGGGAUCGUCAAGUGUAAAGACGAAUUAGAAGGAAACUGGGUUGCGGGUCAGCGAGGUUAACCCUUGAUCUUCCGUAGCAUUGUCGCUGACGGGUAGUGCAAACGGGAGGGCGCCCCGGUGAAAUGUGAGCGGACCGGCUCCGUGACCGUUAUUCCGUUGCUCUCAAUGUGGUUGGGACCGCAGCCGACUCGCUCGUUGCAGCUAGCUCGGUACGGCCGCGUUGAUGCAGCAGCGCACGGCUCUGGUGUUCGAAUCCACCACCGGAUCCGGGAAGACAAUAGGUGAAAUAUACGCCGGCCUGGACUCCCGAGACUGCGCUGAACGAGAGUCUGCAUCCGCUUGGGCUUCACUAGCGUCUGCGUGAGGAAUCGGGUUAUUGAGUGAAGUGUACAGCCAGCAGGUAGCUGCAUCAGGAUGGCAGCAGUAGUGAACUACUCUCCACCUUGGUGGGUGAAUCUACUCCACCGGUUGCCUCAUUUCAACAUUGAAUUCCAGCUAGUGAGCAGUGACUUUAGACCAGAGGACUCUGAGUACCAGAAGUCUGUUUUGCUGCUUGGUGCUGUGGCGUUGGUAUGUUUGGGCCUGGACCUCCUCUUUCUCCUCUUCUACUCGUUCUGGCUUUGCUGCCGGCGACGCAAGAAUGAUGACUCCUCACACUCCCAUACGCACUCUCAGCAGCCUAGUGCUGACUGCUGCUGCACGGCCUGGUGCGUCAUCAUUGCCACACUUGUCUGCAGCGCUGGCAUCGCUGUAGGAUUCUAUGGAAAUGGAGAGUCGAGUGAUGGAGCCAAUCGUUUGGCAUACUCCCUUCGUCAUGCCAACCGCACCGUUUCUGGGGUAGAGAAACUGGUGUCUGACAGCACUCUAGCCUUAAAUCAGACAGUGGAGGAGAGCCUGGUCCAAUUGGAGACAGCCUUCCAGGAACAGACAGACUAUGUGUCCAUUGUCCAAAAGCUGCAGGGCCAGCUGGAUGAGCUGGUGAGGCUGAUGGUGGAUGUUCCCUUUUGGUCCAAUACCGACAUUUCUCUGGAGGAUUUGGCCCGGAAAACGGAGGCUUUUGACUUUUACAGGUGGUUGGGGUACCUGGGCCUGCUGCUGUUUGAUGUACUCAUUUGUCUUCUGGUGCUCUUCGGCCUCAUACGCAACUCUAGAGGCACUCUGAUUGGAGUGUGUCUGCUGGGAGUUCUGACUCUGAUAAUCAGCUGGGGGUCUCUUGGCCUGGAACUGGCUGUUGCUGCUUCAGCCAGCGAUUUCUGCGUUUCCCCCGAUACCUACAUCACCAGGGUAACCAAGGAAAACGCUGUCAUCAACCAAGAUAUCCUGCAGUAUUACCUGAGGUGCAGCUCUGGCCAAAUUAACCCCUUCCAGCAGAGGCUGUCAGGGAGUCACAAAGCAUUGGUGGAGAUGCAGGAUGAUGUGGCAGAGCUACUGAGAUCAGCAACACGUGAUUAUGCCAACACCAAGGGGAGUCUUGAGCAAAUCCAGUCUGUGCUGAAUUCCACGGAAGUUGGUCUUCACCAGCUAACUGCUCUGGUCGACUGUCGCAGCCUACACAUGGACUAUGUUCAGGCAUUAACAGGCCUGUGUUAUGACGGAGUUGAGGGUCUCAUCUACCUGGUUCUCUUCUCCUUUGUCACUGCUCUGAUGUUCUCCUCCAUUGUGUGCAGUGUGCCACAUACCUGGCCUGGCAAGAGGACGGAUGAGGAAGACGGAGAGGACGAGUCGGGCGCCUCACGGGGCGGUGUGCACGAUAACCUGUACCGCGUUCACAUGCCCAGUCUCUACAGUUGUGGCUCCAGCUACGGUAGCGAAGCUAGCCUGCCCGCUACAGCCCACACUGUCAGCAAUGCCCCCGUCACUGAAUACAUGAGCCAGAACGCAAACUUUCAGAACCCUCGGUGUGAGAACACCCCCCUGAUUGGCAGGGAGUCCCCUCCACCCUCUUACACCUCCAGUAUGAGAGCAAAGUACCUGGCCACCAACCGACCAGACCAGAACCGACGCUCCGUUCCCAACGACCAACUGGACCCGGCUAGCCGGCCUCACCCUGCUGCCCGACCACAGUCCUCAGUCCACUAGAUACCAGAGCCGCAUCAGUCCACCCCAAUACUGCCUGAAUACAGUUCUCACAGCCAAACAACAAGACCCAACACAGCGCUCACCAGAGCUCACCCAGAGCUGAGCACUUUAUGCACCAACGGGACCCCAUUUUAUCAAGGUCCACUGAAUUUCACUAAAACCGAUUCACCAGAAACAACACAGCAAGCCAGAACUCAUCAACAAAGCACCUCAGUAAAGGACUGCACUUUGAAGGUCAACUUCUACUCCUCACUGAUAAUUAUCCAAAAAACCAAACCGUCAAAGCCCAUCCUUUCUACUUCUCCUCUUCUUCGUAAAAGCACAUCCCGGGCUGCUCAUUCCACCACUGUUGUGAUGGAUCAGCCCACAUACCCAUAAUGCACAGCAACGUAAACCUUGGCUCUGUUGCCACAGAAUCUUCUAUUCUCCAAAUAUCUCCUACCCACUGGGAUCUCUACACUGCCCUCCAGUGGAGACAGCUACGCCAAUCUCACCACUCAACUCCAACAGACACACACACACACACACAGACAGACACCCACACACACGUCUUACAUUAGUUGUGAAGACACUCAUUGACAUAAUUCCGUAGCCCCUUA